AUAGAUUCUAGAAUAUAAAUUCUAAGUAAUAGUUAAUUUAGAGUCUCAAACAAUGUGGGAUGACUUUAUAGACUAUUUAAAAGACCCUUUGUUGGUCAUCAAAGUGCAGAACUUUUUUGGAGUUAUAUACAAGAACAGUGUUCGGGAUAACGAAGGCGAUGGUGAAGUCAUACAUUCAGAGAGGUUGGAACGUGAGAAAGAUAAUGACAGUGAUAUAAGGCAGCACAAGCGGGCGCCCAGCAACAUCUCUAGCAGUUCUCAAACCUCAUACGAUACGGAUACUUCAGGCGAGAGCGUGGAUGAGGUCGAGUGCCAUAUAAACAACAAGUUCUGGUACUGGCUGUUUGUACUAGGUACUGCACUCGGGGAUGAGAUAUUCUAUGCCACUUUUAUACCCUUUUGGUUCUGGAAUAUUGAUGGUGCGGUCGGCAGGAGAGUCAUACUUGUCUGGACAGUUUGUAUGUACAUAGGACAAGGUGUGAAAGACAUAAUCCGGUGGCCCCGUCCAGGGUACCCGGUUAAGAAGCUACAGACCAAAUGGGCUAUCGAGUAUGGCAUGCCGUCCACACAUGCAAUGGUCGGAGUUUCAAUACCAUUCUCAGUGCUGCUGUACACUAUGGACAGAUACGAGUACCCGGUUCACUGGGGUGCCUUGAUUGCCGUUUCAUGGUGUACACUUAUCUGCGUCAGUCGCGUGUAUCUUGGCAUGCACAGCGUUCUGGAUAUAGCAGCGGGCCUGCUCAUGGCGUCAGGACUGCUAGUGCUCCUGAUACCCACGGUGGACGCGCUGGAUGACUGGCUGCUCACGCACUGGCUGUCCCCUGCGGUCGUGCUGGCCGUGUCCGUGCUGGUCAUCGUGUACCACCCCAACGCGGACAAGUGGACGCCCACCAGAGGCGACACGACCAUGAUCGUGAGCGUGUGCGCGGGCAUCCUAACGGGCUCCUGGACCAACUACCAGCUCGGCAACAUGGCGCCCGCCUCCACCCCACCCCCCUACACCAUCAUCUGGCCCUCCAUCGACAUGCUCGGCAACACCAUCCUUAGAACCAUCCUCGGCUUCUGCGGCGUUGUAGCCACCAGGGCUAUAGGUAAAUCAGUCUCUUACGCCUUCAUCUGUGCUUUACUAGGAAAGGAUAAAAACGAAUUAAGAAACUCUGAGAACAGUCUAGAUAAUAAAAAUAAAAUUAUCGUAGAAUUAUGCUACAAGUACUUCACGUACGGCAUGAUAGGUUUUAAUACGGUUUUCGUUUUCCCUAAUGUGUUCUAUUUGCUUAGAAUUAAUAGGCCUACGUAUUAUACUGAGAUUUGAUACUAGUCAUCUCUUUUAUGUUCGACAUUCCAUUUGAGGCCUUAAAUCGGGGUUUUCCGAGUGUUUUUAAUAAUUUGGAAGUAGUCAUUUGUGUGAGGAGCAAAGUACCUCAAAACACUCCUUUUUUGAUGUAGGUAAAAUAGCGUUAGAAAUUUUCUCGUUAAAGAGAUAGGAGUUUUUCAGCCACCUUCUGAUAACAUGGUUGAUUGGCAGACUAAUAGUUUUGUUUUAGUUGUUUACUUUAGAUAUCAUCAAUUUAUGUAGGUAUACUUUGAAUGUCCUUUAAAAUAUUUGUAAUGUGGGUCAGUAGUUCUAUAUUUAAAUUGUUUUUGUUUUCUAAUGCUGGUCUUCAACAGGAAAACUAAUAUUAGAUGAAAUCAUUAGUUACCUAAUGUUUAAAGGAAAAUGUUUUACUAAGUUUUCUGACCAAAACCUAAAAUAUAACGUAUUUUAUUAGAAAUGCUGUAGGUUUUUGCAGUCAAUUAUGCCCCGAUGUACGUUCUCCGAGAAUUAUUUAUUACAUUAAUGAUUGUUUGGGGAAACCUCGGUUAGUUAGAAACGCCGGGUUCACUGGUAAGCUCGUAGUGUUGCGGUCACCAGGUUUUUACACGGUGAAAAACUUUGGAUUUCCUUAUGAGUUAAAAACGAAACUAUUUAGAUAAAUCGUAACAUUUUAUUGCAUUUCGACAAAAUUGAUGUUUAAUGGGAAGAGAUAAGAAAUACCUACCUACAGUGAAUAAAAUAGAUAAGCGAUAUUACUUUGAUAUUACUAGUAGUUCUCCGAUUUGUUUUGGUUGUUGAUUAUACACGAUUUCAAAGGUUAAACAUUGGUACGGUCGACAUUUAAUAAAUAAAAUGUACUUACAGUCAAGGGCAAAGAUAUGAUUGCGGCCAAUUACCUUACCAAAAAUAUGUAUUUGCUGAAUUAAGCGCAGAACGCGUAGUGCGGGAGUUAAAAGCAAAGAUCGCGCUAGAUGUGGUCUAAAUGUAAACUUUAGUGGGCUCAUCAUACUAUUCUGACAUCAAAAAGAGUACAUAUUUUUUGGAAAAAAUUUCUGCAACGAUAUAUUUGACCUUUUUUUACCCCGAAGGUGGAAAACAAUCGUACGGCCGGUUUAAUAAUUAGUGGUGUCUUUUAUUUGAAGUCGACUGUAGUCGAGUAAGUGGUAGCGCUCCCGUUACGAGUAUGUAAUUCAACACCAUAAAUAUAUCCAUAACUUUAAUGAUACCUCCUGUGAGUUAACAUGUGACUAUUCUAUUCUAUUACUCUAAUAUUCCCUAUAUCUAUCUACAUACUAGGUACCUACGUCACAUUCCUGCACUGCAUCUUAUUUAUUUAAGUACACAAAUAUUGUGUGUAUGAAUAAUGUAGUAUUUGAACACGAAACCGAAAUUGUUCUGAUAUAGUUAUAUGAUACCUACCUUAGUAGUAUUAGUAAUGUUACACAAAUUAUAAUUAUGUAGUAAUAAUUAGUAGUCAUUUUGAUUGUUAUAUUAAAUUGUUAUUUUUUUAUCGACUAAUCUAAGUCGUCGGUGCCUUGCCUUAUUUGCUAGAAGUAUGUAUAGUUUUGGUUGUACUUUUAUAUAUAACCAGUAUGGCUGACUACAUGUCAAGCCACGCAAAACGGGUCCGUUUUUUUUCUCACGGGGUGGAAGAGGUGGUAUACCGUACAUGUCUUGUAGUAUUGCGUAUACAUUGAUUUUUGUUACCUGACAUGUAUAGUAUGCCAAGCAAUUUCCGUCAGUAGAAAAGAGCGGCAAAUUUAAAAAAUGUAGGCGCGAAUUGUAAUUGUCUCAUACAAAAUUUGAAUUUCGUGCCGUUUUCUACUGACAUAGUUGUUUGACCGGCUAUAAAAACAGUGCUCCAUCUUGAAUCCACCUCUCAUGUUUUGUUUACCUAAAUAACGCUCACAAAUUUUCUAAUGUUGUAAAUGUAAACAAUAAUAAAUUGAGCAUACUUGCCUUUGUGUAUAAUCUGAAAAUUUUUACUAAUUCAGUUAUAAUACCCUAAAGUACUGAUUUGAAUGCCUUCAUUGAUUAGUGUACAUUUUAUUUAGGUAUUAUAAAAAUCAUCACAAAUAAUUUGAAUAAGUGGGCAAACGGUCGACAUCAAAGUUAUAGGGUUAACUACUCAAUGAUUGGCCCUUAGAAAUACAGUCAUUGUCCCCUAUUAUUGUAUAGGAAAAUUACCACUGUUGUAGGUACUUCAAUAAGAUUGAACGGCGCCAAGAUUUGUAUAGUUUACCCUAUUUGAGUUACGUAUAUAUACAUUGACUAUAGCUAUUAUAGCGUUUUUGCAUCAGCUUGAUUUGACUAUUGUAUUUACGCAUUGGUUUGACGUGUUUGCGUCGAAGCGUAACCGCACCGCACAAUACAUUGUUAUGCCUAUUAUGUACCUGAUAAGGUUUAAUGUUCGAUUGCACUCGCAAUUCAAAUAUGUACCUACAAUGAACAAUAUUAUGAUCGAGUGUCAAUAGAUUCCGAAAAUAAACUGAAUUGUUAUAAG